GUAAAUCGCUGUUGUCCCUGUCACGAUGCUGACCCUGAUCCACACGGAGAAAAUGGAGAUAUUGUGUUUGCAUCAGAAGCCCUGGGAGACUUCGGGUCGUCUGAACUCCUGUGACGGCUGUGGUGUGUAUCAGCGCUGCUCCUGUUGUCUCCAGGAGAGGCGGAAUCAGCCAUACUGAUCUAUGACCCCCGUCUGGAGAGGCUUGAACGCCUCUAGCUCCCUUGGAUGGCCAUAUAAACCGGACCCAGCACGGUGCGUCGAGUCCAAUGUCCAUAUCUUGACUCGAUUUCGAGCGACCGACUGGUCCAGCCUGAAUCCUCCUUUGGUACCCGCACCUCUUGGCCACUUCUAAUGAUGCCCGGCGACCGCCCGCAUUAUGUCCUGCAGAUCGUCGACCAGCCUGAGCGAGUUCGUUGCUCUGGAUUCGGCCCCCAGAUGUAUGGGCGUCCAAUCAGUCCGGCCCCGAUCCUGCAACUCUUCCGACGGGGACCUGGAGGAGCCCUGAUUUCAGACCCCUCGUCGAUGAUCGAAGCCUCAGGCUUUGUUGUCCAUAUCCAGCUCUACUCUUCUGAUGGCACCGCAGAUCUAUCUCUUGUUGUCAACCCGAUACGUCUCAAGGAGGCAGUUCCUGUCAAUCCAGUUUCCCCAGCCCUUCUCCUCAAAGACAUACCUGCAGGGUCCAACCCGGAUCCCUGUGUCGCUUGGACCCCACCCCCAGAUGUGGAAUCGUCCGACAUCCACAUGCUUGAGAACGAAGCCAAGGCGACUGUUUCCCUCCCACCAAGCCCUAUUCCGAAGGCUUGGUUCGCAGGAAACGAAGCAUUUACUCAAGAGGACCUCAAUACCGAUGGGGCAGCCUCCCUGUCUAUCACUUCCCGGUCAGCUCCUCACCCAGCCUGGUCGUCAACAUCGGUGUCGACGGAUCAAUUCCAUGACAGUAAACGGAGCCAUAGCCGCCACCGAGCCAGCGAAGAUUCAGUCGGUCUAUAUUCGCAUCUGGGUUUGAGCUCUCAAGACCAGAGCAUGAAGCGGUUGCUUCCAUUUGCCCAGCCAUCGCUCUUUGGGAACUUGGUUUCCUCAAGUAUUUUCUCCAAGAGCGCCGACAGCUCCAAGGCUGGUGUCUUCUUUGCGUUCGACAAAGUGUACAUUCGAGUUGAAGGAACAUAUCGUCUCAAGUUCACCCUAGUCGACUUGAGCGAUCCUCGUUCCCUUGGCACUGGCUGCUCGACAGUGAGCACGGUCCUAUCCGACCCCUUUGUAUCCCAUGGAUGGAAAUCCUUUCCUGGAAUGAUAGAGCCUUCAUCUGUUCUCAAGACCCUCGUUCGAGGAGGUGUUAGGGCGACUAGAAACGUGCGAAACAAGAGGAAUGGAGCCCGUGAUACCAAAGUUGUUGAAUCCGCCACAGCGACCAACCUCUCCAUUCCGACGAGCUGACCCUCUGUCUGCCAUCUGUUUCGCCGUGUGUACUCGCUGUGGCCCGAGUGACUCUGAACCAAGCUUGUACACCGAGGAAUGAGCAACAUGUAAGGUGUCUGGGCCGGGAUAGGGCCGUCCACGACAAGUAUGGCUCAUCGGCACACUUGAAUAGAAGAUCUGAGCCACCCAAUACUCCAAA